GCGGGCAGCUGCAGUGUGGGAGUGGAGUGUCUCCCGGAAGCGGGCCCUGAGCCCAGGAACGCCGAGCUUGCUUCUGCGGGCGGAGUCCAGGAUUGCGUCCUCAGGCCCGCACGCAGAGCUGACCGCUGCGCCUGCGCUGCGCCUGCGCACUCGGCAGGGCCGCUUCCUUCGCGCAGCCGCGGUCUCAGGACCGGGCCGAGCGGGGCGGCCGUGGCCGCCGCGCCAAGCCCCGGGAGGUGACCGAGCAGUGCGGAGGGACCUUCUCCUUCCGGUGGGAGGGGAGCGGCGGCGGCGCGCCGCGGGGCGGGGCUUCAUGGAGGCCGUGGGCCGAGAGAGCCACGGAGGAGGGGCUGGGGCGCUGGGGGCCGAGGGGCGGCCGGUGCCCGAGGCGAGGGUACACUUCCGAGUGACGAGAUUCAUCAUGGAGGCAGGUAUCAAACUGGGGAUGCACUCCAUUCCCAUUGCCACUGCUUGCACCAUUUACCAUAAGUUCUUUGGCGAGAUCAACCUGGAUGCCUAUGACCCUUACUUGGUUGCCAUGACAGCCAUUUAUUUGGCUGGCAAAGUGGAGGAGCAGCACCUGCGUACCCGUGACAUCAUCAACGUGUCCAACAGGUACUUUAACCCGAGCAGCGAGCCCCUGGAGCUGGACUCACGCUUCUGGGAGCUGCGGGACAGCAUCGUGCAGUGUGAGCUCCUUAUGCUUAGGAUCCUGCGCUUCCAGGUAUCCUUCCAGCACCCACACAAGUACCUGCUCCACUACCUGAUUUCCCUGAAGAACUGGCUGAACCGGUACAGCUGGCAGCGGACCCCCAUCUCUGUCACAGCCUGGGCCCUGCUGCGGGACAGCUACCAUGGAGGACUGUGCCUGCGCUUCGCGGCUCAGCAUCUGGCCGUGGCCGUGCUCUACUUGGCCCUGCGCAUCUAUGGCGUGGAGGUACCUGCUGAGGCUGAGAGGCCAUGGUGGCAGGUGUUUAGUGAAGACCUUACCAAGCCAAUCAUUGAUAACAUUGUGUCUGAUCUCAUUCAGAUUUAUUCCAUGGACACAGAGAUCCCUUAAGGUCCAGGCCCAGGCCUGCCCAAAGAGAAGCCCAGGAUGGCUGGCUGUCUGGGGACAGUGCCAGCACAUCGCUGUGACAACCAGUCCCCAGGGGAGCAGCUGAGAUGACCGACUGGGCUGCCAGAGAGCGGCUGGUGAAGGGGACGAUGUGCUGCCUGCCAAUUUAUCCCUAGUAGCUGCAGCCCAGCUGCUGAGAAGAGCUCUUCUGGCAGUGGGCAGGCUGGGAGCCACAGUGUUUGACUGGCCCAAGUGGUCACAUCUGCUUUUGUCCUCAGAGAGGACUCCAGCUGCCUUUGAGACGUGACAUCCUUCCGAGAAAUGAGAGCAGAUUGGACUGCAUUCCUCGGCGAUUUUUUAGAGACAGCGUGAAUACGCACCAGAGAUGGCAUUUUAUUUUGUAUAAUAAAAAGUGAUACAAAUCUGUGGG